CCUUGUCCUUUACCCAAGAUGUCUCCUUUUGCUUAAAGGUCUCAACUUUCCUAAGCGAUCACUUGUGCUUCGACUUCACCGUCAUGCCACUGCACAGGUGAAAGAAGAAGCCAUGGAAGUCUUGAUGGCUUGUGUAAUUUCGGGUACCCUCUUCACUGUUUUCGGUUCCGGUUCGUUUUGGAUACUGUGGGCAGUGAAUUGGCGGCUUUACAGCUGGAUCUUUGCUAGAAAAUGGCUGCAAGGUCCUCAGCUGGAUGCACUGUCUGGUUUUCUAUCUCUCGUUGCUUGGAUUGUGGUGGUGUCCCCUAUUGCAAUUUUGGUUGGUUGGGGUUGUUGGCUGAUUGUUAUAUUGGAUCGACAUAUCAUUGGACUUGCGAUUAUAAUGGCUGGAACUGCCUUCUACUCCAUCAUGCUUUGGUGGAGGACACAGUGGCAAAGCUCAAGAGCUGUAGCUUUACUUCUCCUUCUCGCUGUUGCCUUACUCUGUGCGUAUGAACUUUGUGCUGUCUAUGUUACGGCUGGUGCGCAUGCGCCUCAGCAAUAUUCUCCUUCUGGUUUCUUUUUUGGUGUAUCCGCAAUUGCGUUGGCGAUUAACAUGCUCUUUAUCUGCCGCAUGGUCUUUAAUGGAGAUGUGGACGAAUAUGUAAGAAGGGCAUACAAAUUUGCUUAUUCAGAUUGUAUAGAGAUAGGCCUUGUAGCUUGUCUGCCAGAACCACCUGAUCCCAAUGAAUUGUUCCCCAGGCAAACCAGCAGGGCUUCACAUCUCGGCCUUCUGUACCUUGGAUCACUCAUAGUUCUCCUUGCCUACUCGGUGCUAUAUGGUUUCACAGCGAGGGAAUCACGUUGGCUUGGAGGCAUUACAUCAGCUGCUGUUAUUUAUAUAGACUGGAAUAUUGGGGCUUGCUUGUAUGGGUUUAAGCUUCUUCAAAACCGUGUUCUAGCACUUUUUGUCGCUGGCGCUUCUAGACUUUCCCUAAUAUGCUUUGGCAUACACUACUGGUACCAAGGGCAUUGUAUUAGUUACAUUUUUGUUGCAUCGGUUCUAUCAGGUGCUGUUGUUUCCCGUCAUCUAUUGAUAACAGACCCAUCAGCUGCAAGAAGAGAUGCCUUGCAGAGCACAGUGAUCCGCCUAAGAGAAGGGAGAAAAGAGCAGAAUGGUUCAUCAAGUUCUUCAGAUGGUUGUGGCUCAAGUAUUAAAAGAAGUGGUAGUAUCGAUGCAGGCCAUGCUGGUUGUACUGACGAAACUAAUCGUACCACUGACAAUCUAACUCGAACCGGCAGCUCUCAGGAGGAUAUCAAUAGUGACAAAAGUGUAGAAAGUGGAAGACCAAGCUUAGGUUCAUGUCGUUCAGUGGUCCAAGAGCCUGAAGCAGGAACGUCUUAUGAUCAGAAUAGCAAUAUGGUCGUUUGUUCAAGCAGUGGUCUUGAGAGCCAAGGCUAUGAGUCUAGCACAUCGAACUCUGCAAACCAGCAGAUUUUGGAUUUGAAUUUGGCUCUUGCUUUUCAGGAACAGUUAAACGGUCCUAGGAUAGCCUCGAUGCUUAAGAAGAAAGCAAAAGAAGGUGACCUUGAACUGACUAAUUUGUUGCAAAACAAGGGGCUGGACCCUGACUUUGCUGUGAUGUUGAAGGAGAAAAUGGAUCCAAGCAUAAUGGCAUUACUUCAGAGGGGUAGUUUAGAUGCAGACAGAGAUCACCGCAACAACACUGAUAUUACAAUCAUUGACUCAAACAGUGUUGACAAUGCUCUUCCAAAUCAGAUUUCUCUAUCAGAAGAACUGAGGCUCCGGGGCCUCGAAAAGUGGCUUAAGCUGUCCAGACUUGUUCUGCACCAUGUAGCGGGCACACCAGAGAGAGCAUGGGGCCUCUUCAGUCUUGUCUUUAUUCUUGAAACAAUCAUUGUGGCCAUUUUUCGUCCGAAGACCAUAACAAUUAUAAAUUCCAGUCAUCAGCAGUUUGAAUUUGGUUUCUCUGCUCUGUUGUCACCUGUUAUCUGUUCAAUAAUGGCUUUUCUUCGGUCGCUUCAAGUUGAGGAAAUGGCAUUGACAUCAAAAUCUCGCAAGUAUGGCUUUGUUGCCUGGAUGUUGAGCACAUCAGUUGGAUUAUCGCUUUCUUUCUUGAGUAAAUCUUCAGUACUUUUGGGAAUAUCCUUGACUAUGCCCCUCAUGGUAGCAUGCCUUUCUGUUGCUGUACCCAUAUGGAUGCAUAAUAGGUAUCAGUUUUGGUUUCCACAGUUAUGUGGGGAUCAGGCAAGAGAUCCACGGUUUCCGAGGAUGAAGGGGUUUAUUCUUUGGAUUUGUCUUGUGGUGUUUGCGGGAUCUGUGAUGGCUCUUGGUGCAAUCAUAUCUUCUAAACCUUUGGAUGAUUUGAAGUACAAGUUGUUUAGUGCCAAAGGAAAUAACUUCAUGUCACCAUAUACAUCUUCUGUAUACCUUGGUUGGGCGAUGGCUUCUGGAAUUGCCCUAGUAGUUACUGCUAUUCUGCCAAUAGUCUCAUGGUUUGCGACAUAUAGGUUCUCCCACUCUUCUGCUAUCUCUCUGGUGAUAUUCUCAGUUGUUCUCGUGGCGUUUUGUGGAACAUCGUAUUUGGAGGUUGUGAAAUCUAGAGAUGAUCGAUUGCCCACAAAGGGCGAUUUUCUUGCGGCCUUGCUUCCACUUGCAUGCAUUCCGUCGCUACUUUCACUGUGCUGUGGGAUGAUUAAAUGGAAAGACGAUUGUUGGAUACUAUCUCGAGGUGUAUAUGUUUUUGUUUCUAUAGGUCUUGUUCUUCUUUUUGGUGCGAUAGCAGCUGUGAUUAUUGUUAUCAGACCAUGGACGAUUGGCGUAUCUUUUCUCUUAGUUCUUCUCCUUAUAGUGGUAGCUAUUGGUGUUAUCCAUCUUUGGGCAUCAAACAAUUUCUAUUUAACCAGGAAACAGACAUCCUCUGUCUGCUUUCUGCCCUUUCUUUUGGGUUUGGUCGCAUUCCUUGUUGGGUGGUUUCAAGAUAAAGCAUUUGCUGGAGCAUCUGUUGGUUAUUUUACAUUCCUGUUUCUGCUGGCUGGAAGAGCAUUAGCUGUUCUUCUAUCCCCACCAAUAGUGGUAUAUUCUCCAAGGGUACUACCAGUGUAUGUCUACGAUGCUCAUGCGGAUUGUGGAAAGAAUGUCAGUGCUGCAUUUCUCGUCCUUUACGGAAUUGCAUUGGCAGCAGAAGGGUGGGGUGUUGUUGCUAGUCUGAUAGUAUAUCCUCCGUUUGCUGGUGCUGCUGUAUCAGCUAUCACCCUUGUUGUAUCAUUUGGGUUUGCUGUUUCUCGUCCGUGUUUGACUCUUGAGAUGAUGGAGGUCGCUGUACGUUUUCUUAGCAAGGAUACUGUAGUGCAAGCCAUCUCUCGAUCUGCCACUAAAACAAGAAAUGCUUUAUCCGGCUCCUAUUCAGCUCCCCAAAGGUCUGCCAGCUCUGCAGCUCUUCUGGUUGAGGACCCAUCUGCAAUGCGUGAUAAAGCAGGGAACUUUGUGCUUCCUAGAGAUGAUGUCAUGAAACUAAGGCAUCGUCUCAAGAAUGAAGAAAGAGUUGCUGGAUCGUUCUUCUACAGAAUGCAAUGCAGAAAAAGAUUGCGUCAUGAUCCACCGACAAAUGUGGAUUACAGAAGAGACAUGUGUGCCCAUGCUAAGGUUUUAGCACUGGAAGAGGCAAUUGAUACAGAAUGGGUGUACAUGUGGGACAAGUUUGGUGGUUAUUUAUUGCUUCUGUUAGGUUUGACAGCUAAGGCGGAGAGAGUUCAGGAUGAGGUGCGCUUACGACUCUUCUUAGAUAGCAUUGGGUUCUCUGACCUAAGUGCCAAAAAAAUCUGUAAAUGGAAGCCAGAAGAUAGAAGACACUUUGAAAUUAUCCAAGAGAGUUAUCUGAGAGAGAAAGAGAUGGAAGAGGAGAUCCUCAUGCAGAGACGUGAAGAAGAAGGGAGAGGUAAAGAAAGAAGGAAAGCUCUUUUGGAGAAGGAAGAGCGCAAAUGGAAGGAAAUUGAAGCUUCCCUUAUUCCAUCUAUCCCUAAUGCUGGUAGCAGAGAGGCAUCAGCUAUGGCAGCGGCUAUACGUGCUGUUGGGGGUGACUCUGUCCUUGAGGAUUCCUUUGCCAGAGAGAGAGUCUGCGGUAUUGCUCGUAGGAUCCGCACUGCUCAACUAGACCGACGUGCCCAACUGACUGGAAUUGCCGGGGCUGUUUGUGUUCUUGACGAUGAACCAAUGAUAAGUGGUAAACAUUGCGGCCAAAUGGAUGCAAGUGUCUGCCAGAGUCAGAAGAUUAGCUUUUCCAUUACAGCAAUGAUCCAACCCGAUUCCGGACCUGUAUGUCUUUUUGGCACUGAAUAUCAAAAGCAAGUAUGUUGGGAGAUUCUGGUUGCUGGUUCUGAGCAAGGAAUUGAAGCUGGCCUAGUUGGGCUUAGGUUGAUCACUAAAGGUGAGAAGCAGACAACCGUUGCCAGAGAGUGGUAUAUUGGUGCAACUAGCAUAACUGAUGGAAGAUGGCAUACAGUGACGAUAACUAUUGACGCUGAUGCUGGGGAGGCUACUUGUUACUUAGAUGGUGGGUUUGAUGGCUACCAGACUGGGUUACCUUUAAGUAUUGGUAAUGCCAUUUGGGAACAAGGCGCUGAAGUUUGGUUGGGUGUUAGGCCAACUAUUAGUGAUGGAGUUGAGUCAAAGAUGCAUAUAAUGGAUGUUUUCUUGGGGGGGAAAUGCUUAACUGAAGAUGAAGCCGCUUCUUUGCAUGCAGCCAUUGGCGUCGCUGACUUAGACAUGAUUGAUUUGGCUGAUGACAAUUGGCAAUGGACGGAUUCACCGCCCAGAGCUGAUGGUUGGGAUAGUGAUCCUGCCGAUGUUGAUCUCUAUGAUAGGGAUGAUGUUGAUUGGGAUGGACAGUGUUCCAGUGGGAGGAAAAGAAGAUCAGGUCGGGAUUUUGUACUUAGUGUCGAUUCGUUUGCUAGAAGAUACAGGAAAGGGCGUUUGGGAGAUUGUUGGUUUUUAAGCGCAGUUGCAGUUUUGACAGAGGUUUCACAAAUAUCUGAAGUGAUCAUUACUCCUGAAUACAACGAGGAAGGAAUCUACACUGUUCGCUUUUGUAUUCAGGGUGAGUGGGUUCCCGUUGUUAUCGAUGACUGGAUUCCAUGUGAAUCACCUGGUAAACCAGCCUUUGCUACUAGCAAAAGACUGAAUGAACUCUGGGUCUCCAUAGUGGAGAAAGCAUACGCCAAGCUCCAUGGUUCGUACGAGGCACUGGAGGGAGGACUGGUCCAGGACGCUCUUGUUGACCUAACUGGAGGUGCUGGUGAGGAUGCUCAAGCACAAAUCGAUCUUGCAAGUGGUAGAUUAUGGUCUCAACUGUUACGCUUUAAACAAGAGGGGUUCUUACUUGGUGCUGGAAGUCCAUCAGGAUCUGAUGUUCAUGUAUCUUCAAGUGGCAUUGUGCAAGGCCAUGCUUACUCCGUCUUACAGGUGAGAGAGGUCGAUGGGCACAGACUUGUUCAGAUCAGAAAUCCAUGGGCCAAUGAAGUUGAGUGGAAUGGUCCAUGGUCAGACUCAUCCCCGGAGCGGAGUGAUAGGAUGAAGCACAAGUUGAAGCAUGUUCUACAGUCAAACGAGGGUAUAUUCUGGAUGUCUUGGCAAGACUUCCAGAUUCAUUUCAGAUCUGUUUAUGUUUGUCGGGUAUACCCUCGAGAGAUGCGUUAUUCAGUCGAUGGCCAGUGGAGAAACUGCAGUGCCGGUGGCUGCCAAGACUAUAGCUCAUGGCAUCAAAAUCCGCAGUUCCUGCUGAGGGCUACUGGUUCUGAUGCAUCUCUGCCAAUUCAUGUUUUCAUCACCUUAACUCAGGUACAUACAUUCUCAAGGACAACACGUGGGUUUCGUAACUACCAAUCAAGCCAUGAUUCGCAGUUGUUCUAUAUUGGAAUGAGGAUUCUUAAAACUCGUGGCCAUCGUCCUUCGUACAACAUAUUUCUUCAUGAAUCUGUUGGAGGAACAGACUAUGUGAACUCCCGUGAGAUAUCAUGCGAGAUGGUUCUUGAUCCUGAUCCCAAGGGUUAUACUAUUGUCCCGACCACUAUACACCCAGGGGAAGAAGCACCUUUUGUUCUUUCAGUCUUCACGAGAGCCUCCGUUGUCCUUGAAGCUUUGUAGUUUCUUUUAUUGUAGGCAGAUGGCUCUCUGCUUCUUUGUCCUAAGUGCUUGUGUUGUUCAAGGAACCAGACAGUUCAUUUCUCAAUGGUAAAGACUUGUUUGCCCGCACAGCGCAACAAUAGAGGAGCAUCUGAUCUGAUAGCUGGCCAUUUUCUGGUGAAGCUUGGAGGUCUUUGAAAUGUCAUGUUUUAGUGAUCUGCUUACAAAACAAAUUUCACUGGAGACAGCACUUUGAAGGCAUGGCUCACCAGCAUCCCAUCUGAAUCGUUGGAAUCAAAUGCACAUAUGUAGAUAUUGUGACAAGUACAGAUUUUUAAAAGUGUAGAAUAACUAGUUUGUAAUUGGGAAAACAACAAGGGAAUUAGGAGACUUGUGACUCGUUAGGUAAAUGAGUUGGUACUUAGGUAGCGGUAGCUGCAGUUUUGGUUGGUGUGUUGUAAUAUUCAGACACUAAUCUGUGUGCAGAUUUCAUUUCCACUCUAAUAUAUAAGCUCUCUUUCUUGAUC